GAACGGACGGCUCUUUUGCGGGAAGUAAACGCGCAUCCAGGGCUUUAUUUCCCAUUUUCGACCUCCCGAAUCUCCUUUUUCUUUCUCGUCUUUCCAUCCUGCUGAGAUGAGGAGUUAAUCAACAGAGGAUCAGCUGCACGUUACGUUUGGAAGUUGUUGGAAAGAGUUUGGACAGGACAAGAGGAAGAUGCUGGGGUUAGAGGUCAUCGCGCUCUGUCUUCUUCUUGGAGGCCUGACUCAGGGCCAGGAGUGCAGCAAGAAAAAUGACUGUGCCAUAGAAGUGUACUUCACCAUAGACACAUCUGAGACCAUCGCCCUGCAGGAGUCGCCCCCUGGAGCGCUGGUGGAGAGCAUCAAGAGAUUCGUUGAGCAGUUUGCACAGCGGUUGGAUGACGCCGACAUCAACGGUGUUGUGCGGGUCAACUGGAGGAUCGGUGGACUGCACUUCUCCCAGGAGUCGAAAGUGUUCAGUCACUUUGCAGCCAAGAACGAUUUCAUCACUGGCCUCAGGGGGAUCGUAUACCUGGGUAAGGGCACCUACACCGACUGCGCCAUCGGCAACAUGACGCAAGAAAUGCUGAAGUCACCCAAAGACCCCCGCACCCACCGAUUCGCUGUGGUCAUCACCGACGGCCACGUGACCGGAGAACCGUGCAGGGGCAUCAAAGUGGCAUCAGAGAGAGCUCGCGAGGAGGGCAUCCAGAUAUUUGUCGUAGCGGCAUCCAAGAACGUGGAAGAGAUGGGUCUGAGGGAGAUCGCCAACUCUCCUGCGAGCCUCUACAGGAGGGAUUUCAUGGCCGUGGAUCUGAGCACAGGCAAAGCCGUCAUACACACGGAGACCAUCAACGGCAUCAUCAAGACAAUGAAACAUCUGACGUUCGUGGAGUGUAACAAUGUGGCCUGUCUGGAGACCAAAGGGAGUGAUGGUCCAAAAGGCCCCAGAGGACAGAAAGGAGCCAAAGGAGACAACGGCGACCCAGGUCUGAAGGGGUUCACAGGUCGCCAAGGAGACCCCGGUAUCGAAGGUCCCAUCGGUCAGCCCGGUCCCAAAGGACUAGGAGGUAACAUAGGCGAGAAGGGAGAACUGGGAGCACAGGGGAAGAAGAGCGUGUCUGGCAUUCCUGGACGUAACGGGACAGACGGACAGAUGGGUAAACUCGGACGGAUCGGUGCUCCCGGCUGCAAAGGAGACCCAGGCAGCAGAGGUUCUGAUGGUCACCCCGGUAACGUGGGCGAUCGCGGUUUUGCUGGAACCGAAGGAGACAAGGGGGAUCCCGGUCGCGCUGGAAAGGCUGGACCCUUCGGACCAUCUGGAGAGCCUGGACCAAAGGCAGAGAGUGGAAGCCCUGGAUCACCUGGCGUCCCUGGACUGAAAGGAAGCCCAGGAACCGCUGGAGUUGUGGGAGUCAGAGGAGAGAUUGGGAGAAGAGGAGACUAUGGGCCGAAGGGCGCUCAGGGAAAAGAUGGCAAAAGUGGAGACAAGGGUGAAAUGGGUCCAGAGGGCUUGAGAGGACUUGCAGGUGAAUCAGGAAACAAAGGAACAAAGGGAGACAAUGGUCUGCCAGGCCCCAGGGGACCACCAGGGAUAUCAGGAGAGUUCGGGAAAAAUGGUACCGCUGGUGACCCUGGUGAUGCUGGACCUCGAGGAGAACCCGGACAGAUCGGACCAAAGGGAGACAAUGGAAGACCUGGCUUCAGCUACCCUGGGCCAAGAGGACCAUCGGGGGAGAGGGGAGAGAACGGCGGUCUUGGGCCUCGCGGCAGCAGAGGAGACUGUGGUCAAAAGGGUGACCCGGGGAAAAAAGGAACUCUGGGAGAGGGAGGUGAGCCAGGAUCCACGGGUGAGCCAGGCCUGAGAGGGUCAAGAGGACAGGGUGGGCGUGGUGGAGAUCCUGGCCCUGAGGGAGACCCCGGCCUCACUGAAUGUGAUGUAAUGACCUACAUCAGGGAAACCUGUGGCUGCUGUGACUGUGAGAAACGCUGCGGACCCUUGGACAUCGUGUUCGUGAUCGACAGCUCAGAGUCAGUGGGUCUGACCAACUUCACCCUGGAGAAGAACUUUGUCAUCAACACCAUCAACAGAUUGGGAUCCCUUGCCAAAGACCCCAAGUCAGAGACAGGCACCAGAGUGGGAGUGGUUCAGUACAGCCACAGUGGAACCUUCCAGGCCAUCCGACUCGACGACCCCAAGAUUGAUUCACUGUCUGCUUUCAAGAAUGCAGUGAAGCGCUUGGAGUGGAUCGCCGGAGGAACGUGGACUCCAUCCGCUCUGAAGUACGCCUACGACCACCUGAUCAAGGACAGCCGCAGGGCCAAAGCCAACGUCAACGUCGUUGUCAUCACAGACGGACGCUUCGACCCCAGAGACGACGACAUGCUGCUCACCUCCCUCUGCGGUCAUCCCGGCGUCGAUGUGAGUGCUAUUGGUAUCGGAGACAUGUUCGACCAGAUCGAGGAGAAUGAGAUCCUGAAGAGCAUCGCCUGCCAGAAGGAGGGCAGGGUGAUGGGCAUGAAGCGCUUUGUAGACCUGGUGGCAGAGGAGUUCCUCAACAAGAUUGAAAACGUGCUCUGCCCAGAUCCCAUCCUCAUAUGCCCAGAUCUCCCUUGUAAAUCAGAGCCUGCAGUGGCUAGCUGUGUCCAGCGGCCGGUGGACGUGGUGUUCCUGUUGGACGGCUCUGAGAGGAUGGGACUGGAGGACCACCGAAAGGCCAAAGAGUUCAUCGAGAACGUGGCUCGCCGCCUCACGCUGGCCAGCGGCCAGACAGACGAGAGGAAUGCCCGCUUGGCUCUGCUGCAGUACGGCAGCACCACAGAACAGAGGGUGGAGUUCGCGCUCACACACAACCUCACGGUGAUCUCUGAUUCGCUGGCGGGGGUGAAAUACAUGGACUCCUCCUCCGCCCUGGGCAGCGCCAUCAUCUAUGCUGUCAACAACCUCGUGAUUCCACAGCGGGGAGAGCGCUUGGCUCGUCGCAACGCCGAGCUGGCCUUCGUGUUCGUCACUGACGGCGUCACGGCCAGCGAGCAGCUGGACGAGGGCGUGUCGGCCAUGAGGCGUGCGGAGGGCGUCCCCACGGUCAUCGCCGUGGGAUCCGACACGGACGAAGAGGUGCUGCGCAAGCUGUCGCUCGGGGACAUGUCGGCCGUCUUCAGGGGAGCCGACUACGCGGCGCUGAACAAGCCGUCGUUCUUUGACCGCUUCAUCCGCUGGAUAUGCUAAUGAGGGACCUGGCACGCGCCGCACCAUACUAUUUGGCCCCAUGGUGUGAGCAGGUGGGCGAGCGCCUUCCGCGCGCGCGCGCUUAAAUAAAUACACGCGGAGCCACCAACAAGAUCUCUGGGGUCGUUUUUAUCCUCACUGGAUGUCAGGCACCGAGGCGGCCACUCCAUCCCGGGGGUUGCGCUGGAGAAGGUUGUCUUACAAAAAGCCCAAACAGAGGACCAGCUGACACACACACACACACACACACACACGUAAGCAUGCCGUAUCAUUUGUAACUUGAUUGUUCUGCUCCUUCUAAGUCUGUGGUCAGCACUUCCAGUCAAAGACACUCGUACGUUCCCCAGAGGAGAGGUGUGCAAUUACUGAAUGUCUACCAAAGUAAUUGCACGCCUUAAUUUGCUUUUACGUUAUAUUGUUUUUUUUCUUCAGUGUGCAGUGUCUCUCUCUCUCUCUCUUCCCCCCCCCCCCCCCCCCCCCCACAGUCUUUCUUCACAAAGUUAGUGGUGACAUUAAAGGUGCUAAAGUAGAAAUAAAGGACAUAGCCGUUCGAGUGGUUCUGUAAACCGUGUUACAUUGUGUUAUGCUGUAAUUACUUAAGUGUGUUCAGGGGAUUCAAAUAAAAGAAAGUACACUUAUCUUCUCCAUGGGGAAACAACAAAUCUCACAUAAAUGCCCCUCACUUAGCCUCACAGGAAUCGCACAAACAAGCAUGUGCAUGUGCUGUGGUUAAAACUGCAUUCACAGACCAGCGUAAGAGAACCGAUCUGUAAACAUGAAUUACAAAUAAAGCCUCAAUUGUGGUGACCCCAAAA